AUGGCUCCGAAAAUGGCACGCCAGUCACAAGUAACACCGCAGACCCUUGCACCCCUCAACUUGAGCGCUUAUGGCACGCCUUCGACAAGCCAGCCGUCCACCUCUUCCACCGGCGCCGAAGCCAAGCCGCCAGUCGACAUAGCCGACCUGUGGGCGCAGCUGGCGGCAGUGUCCCCAACCGGCGGAGGCCGUGAUCGUUCCUCGCCGGCCGGGGUGCCCAAACGGCCCCUCACCUUCAAGCAGCAACUGCUCUUGGGUAGCAUGGGAUGUCACGACGAAGACAUCCUGCGCGCCCGCCAUACCAACGCACAGUUCAACGUGCUAACGGCCCUUUGGAUCACAGCUGCCGGCAGCCUGCGUGCGGAAACAGCAAUAGAGCUCAUCUACGAUUACGGCAUGGACGCCGCCACCGUCCUAAAUGCAGACCAAGGCUUUGCACGCACGGUGCAGGAAGCUGCACAGAAGGCGCGAGCGUCAGGAGCCCACCUGGCCACCACCAUGCCAGUCAAGCGACCUGCAACCAGCCCAGCCGAGCCACAUGCCAGUGCCCCCGCUCGCACCCGCUUCCAACCCUUUCGAAAUCACUUCAACCUCACGCGCCUCAUGUCCACCGCCAAUCCUGCUCUGGCCCACAAGAUGGAAGCCUUCUACAUCGCACAGUUCAAGGCACGGGGGCCGGGCAUUGAGCGGUGCUGUUGA